AUCUGGAGAAAAUUUGAAAUGGCGAUGGAAGCGCCACGUAGAAGAAAUUUGGCGAAUUGGCCAGUUUCGCGAAGAUGUUGAGCAAGUUUGUCUGAAGGAGAUUUUGCAGGAAGAUUUUCUGGAAAUCAUGGCAGAUUCUGAGCUCAGCAAGGCGCUGAAAGACCUACCCAACCGCGUGAUAAAUUGUAGCGUGGAAGAGAGAAAACCCUUGAUUGACAAUGUUAUCGCAGUCCUUCCCAAUCCGGGCAUAAAUACGACUGUUGUGAAGGGGAUUUGCCGUGUGAUUGGUACAACACUGACCAAGUACAGGGAUCCUCCAUCCCAGAGUCUCAUCCGGAAGUUAAUUGUAUCUCUGGUACAGCAGCACAAUGACUGGACAAUGGAACAUUUCAAUGGCGUCCUCAAGACUCUCCUUACGAAGGAUCUGGCAUCUGCUCCACCAAUCAAAGCCUCCCAAGCUGCUGUGAUUGCUCUCACCUGGUCCAAUCUUCUCGUUGUCCACCGCAAAAGCGAAUCCGAAGUCACCAAGAAGGAAUUCCCAAAACUCCUGGAACACCAAUCUCAAUUGUAUCAGCUGGCCCUCUCCGUGGCCAAUCCCAAGUUAUCCGAAAAGGCAUAUGAACUCUUUGAGUCCUGCUGGACGACAACUGAUCUCGUGAUGGAAUACUUUGAUAUUCUCUUGCAAAUGGAGCCUGCGUCCAAUGUCAUUCUCCUCAUAGCCGCUGCCAUUCGCUUCAACGAAGAGAACCAUUUCGAAGAGGAACUUCUUUCAAAGCACAAACAGAAGGUGCUGGAGCACUUCAUCAAGGGAUUGAUAAGUGUGAAAGCCAAGCCAAAUUUGUACUACUUCACACUCUGCCAGACCAUAUUGCAAUCCAUCACGAAAGAUGAAUUCCAAUCAUCCAUUCUUCCAGCCCUUCAGCGAGCCAUGUUGAGGAGUCCGGAAGUCAUACUACAGGGCGUGGGAGCAAUUGUGAGGGAAGUUGAUGUGGAUAUGAGUGACUUUGCCAUGGACAUGGGAAAAACUCUCAUCCAAAAUCUCUACUCUAAGAAUGAUGUUUCCCGACAGGAAGCAGCGGAUUCCUUAAGGUAUCUCUCGGAAAAGUGUGAGAAUGCUGAGACAAUUGAGAAGCUUCUGCAGCAUAUUUUUGGUGUAUGGAACGGAUCAGAUGGCAAGAUAACUGUCGUGGAGUACCGCAUCAAUGUGCUUAAUGGUAUUGGGAAUUUGAGCUACAAUGGUCUUCUUCCUGAAUCUAUGGAGGCCAUAUUAAAUUUAGUCAUGGAGAAUUUUAUUAAAAUUCUGGAGACUGAGAGUCAUGAAAAAAUUCUCUGUCAUUCGCUCGAAAUGUUCAGCCUGUGGGCCGGAAACUUUGAGGGAAAGCUACCUGAUAAAAUUAUGUCAGUCUUUAAGAAAGGAAUUGAAGCCAAGUCAGCAACGCAGAAUGUCCGAAUCAGUUAUUUAGAUUGGCUCCUGGCAUGCCUACAAGGAGGUACCCUCAAGAAUGGCAGUGAAUUGAUUCCGUUUCUGUUGAAGACGGUGGAGAAGGCAGCACAAAAUCCAACACAAAUCCCUACCGUGAUUGAAGGUUUAUGCGCAAGCUGUUUGAUUCUCCUGCUAGAACAACAUCUAGACGAUGAAGCAUCAGGAAAGCUGACAGUCUUUUGGAAUAUUAUACUGGACUUGAAUAAGCAGGUUUUUGUCGGUGAAAGGUUCAUUUCCAGCGUUCCGAAUGAAACUCUGAAGCAUGUGAUGCUGCUCAUUGAGAGACUUCUCCUAAGUCACUUUGAUCGUCUCAAGGGAAGUCCGGAAGUUCUAUAUAAAGCAGCUGUCUAUUGCAUGACGGCAUCAUCACCAAAUGUGCGAAUUCACUGCCAAGCACUAGUGAGGCAGAUUGCAAUAAGUGAGAAGGGAGUCACCUUUAUCAUUGAAUUCCUAUCUAAAUUGACGACUUAUAUGGAGAAUGCAAAGAUUUAUCUGGAUUCUGAUGUAGGCGAAGAUGGCAGCGUUCCUGUGGCAGCGUUUAUUGACACCAUUGAAACUUUGUGUACAAGCAAAGAACUGGAACGAAUUGAUGCUGAGAAAAUUGCAUUGCAUUCUUUACUAUGUUGUCAUCAUUCAUCUCUAAUUAAUACAAAGAGCAAACUCUGGGAAACCCUUCUGAAAGCAAUUGGUGUAGAACCUAAAACUUUAAUAACGACCAACAGUUCGAAGAUUUUUGAUAUUCUUUUUACGAACUACCGCAUAACAUCAAUGUAUGAGAAUUCAAUAUCUACGGUAAGUCGCAUAAAUCCAGACAUUUUACUACCUCAUGUCAUGGAAUUGGUGUCUUCAGAAUUAAGUAGUUCAGAUAUGUCCAAUGUUACGGAUGAUGAGUACUUUACAUACUUGACACCUGAGGGAGAAUUGUAUGAUAAGAGUGUUAUACCGAAUUCUGAAGAUAUCUACCAAGUGUCUGGUAUGAAGCGUGAGAAUAAGGUGUACAGCUACAAGGAGCAAUUGGAGGAGUUGCAACUGAGGCGUGAGAUUGAGGAGAAGAGACGUAAGGAGGGAAAGGCAAAACCCGUCCAGUUGACACCGAAACAGAAGGAAGCUAUUAAGAAUCAAACGGAUAAAGAAAAUGCAAUUAGAGCCCGAUUGACCAGUAUUAAUGGGAAAUUGCUCAAGUUAAUAUCAAUGAUUGAGAGUGUAACGAAAGGGAAUCCAGAACAGUUGGCAACUCAUUUUAGUUGUCUCCUUCCUAAUAUCCUUUCUCAAUUGAAAAAUCCUCUGGCUGCGCCAUUGUUGACGAAACUCUAUCAUCAUUUGAGAAUGUCGUGUUUCAAGGAAUCCCAACAUAAUUUACGGGAUUCACUGGCUAUUGCCACAAUUCGGUUGUAUGAGCCACACUGUGAUCUACCAGAAGAAUGGCUAAAGGAACCAGUGAUGGACAGUGUAACUUCUGUCCUAACAGUCUUAUAUGCAACGACAGCCGAUAAUGAAAUAUCAACUACAACAAAUGGGGAUGCAGAAGAAAGCAUUGAAGAGGGUAUUCUAACUGCUCCAGCAUUUUGCUAUGCCUUUCAAUUUCUCCGAAAGUGUAUGACCAUGAAGCCGGUGUCUACAGAUGAAAAUCUGCUUAUGUGUGGUAUACAAAUUAUCAGUCGACAUGCUCAGACACGAGGUAUCAGCGAUCGAGGAAUUGCCACAGAUUAUCGACAUCCCAAAUAUUUACCGCGAUUGGAGAUGAUGAGGUUGUUGCUUGGUAUAAUUAGUACUAAUCGUGGACGUGUACAAACUCAAGCAGUUGCAGCUCUCUUGGAUGUAGCUGAAGCUACUUCUGGCCGGGAAUACUGUGCACCACCAACAAAACCCGAACUAGAACUUCUUCUUCAAGCUGUUGAAAGUAGCUUGGAGUCAAUUCGAGAUGUUGCAUUGAGGGCUCUUGUGAUCCUCGUAGACACAUUCGCAUCCUUUGAAUCGGAUGCCACGUUGUAUCGUCGUUUGAUUUGUCGGCUGUGGAUAGCAAAGCACGACAUCAGUGAUGAUAAUCGGGAAUUGGCUGAAAAUCUAUGGACAGCUUCUAAUUUUGUUCUGCCAAAUGACAUGACGAUGAAUCUCAUGAAGGAUGUCAUUCAUACUGAAUCUUGUAUUCAGAAAGCUACAGCCAGUUCAUUGGUGUCAAUUUUGAUGGAAGAUAGCAAACCGCUACAGAAAAUUCUAGAUGAACUCUUAGUCAUCUAUAAUGACAAGUUGGCCAUGAUACCACCAAAACUUGAUCAAUUUGAUCGUGAAAUUGAACCUGCAAUUGAUCAAUGGGGACCACGACGUGGUGUUGCAUUUGCCAUCUGUCAAAUUUCGCAGUUCUUUGAUGAGAAACAAGUCUUCUCAACAAUUCAGUUUAUGGUGUCUAAAGGUUUGGGUGAUCGUGAUGAGAUGGUACACAAGGAAAUGUUAGCAGCUAGCUUAGCAAUUGUUGAUAAGCAUGGCAAAGAAACAAUUGCUCGACUAUUGCCGGUGUUUGAAGAAUUCCUCGAUAAAGCACCAAAUUCCAGUCGAUACGACAACAUUCGUCAAGCUGUUGUCAUUCUGAUGGGAUCUCUAGCACGUCAUUUGGAAGUUAGCGAUGAACGUAUUCAGCCAAUUGUGAAAAGAUUGUUAGCUGCUCUAUCUACACCAUCAGAGACAGUGCAAGAAGCUGUAUCUAGUUGCUUGCCCCACUUAAUACCAUCAGUGAAGGAUGAAGCACCACAAAUGAUUAAAAAACUUCUUCAUCAACUCGUCAAGUCUGACAAGUAUGGUGAAAGACGAGGAGCAGCAUAUGGAAUUGCAGGAAUUGUCAAAGGAUUGGGUAUAAUAUCGUUGAAACAACUCGAUAUCAUGACCAAACUAACUAAUUACAUUCAGGACAAAAAGAACUAUAAAUCACGCGAAGGUGCUCUAUUUGCCUUCGAAAUGCUAUGCAAAACACUAGGACGACUCUUUGAACCUUACAUUGUUCAUGUACUACCAUUUUUACUCCAAUGCUUCGGAGAUUCUUCACAAUAUGUUCGUCAAUCUGCUGAUGAUACAGCUAAGGUUGUGAUGGGAAAAUUAUCAGCAUAUGGCGUUAAAUUGGUACUUCCUGCUCUCCUCAAUGCUCUCGAUGAAGAUUCAUGGCGCACAAAAACGGCUUCUGUUGAAUUAUUGGGAGCAAUGGCAUAUUGUGCCCCCAAACAGUUAUCAUCUUGUCUCCCAAGUAUCGUUCCUAAACUCAUUGAAGUAUUGAGUGAUUCGCAUUCAAAGGUACAAGAAGCAGGUGCUGAUGCUCUUCGUGUUAUUGGAUCGGUAAUUAAAAAUCCAGAAAUUCAAGCGAUUGUUCCUGUUUUGUUGCAAGCACUUGAAGAUCCAGCCAAUAAAACGUCCGCUUGUCUUCAGAGUUUACUUGAGACCAAAUUUGUGCAUUUUAUCGAUGCACCAUCACUGGCACUUAUAAUGCCAGUCGUUCAGAGAGCUUUCAUCAUGCGAUCUCCGGAAACACGUAAGAUGGCAGCCAAAAUUAUUGGAAAUAUGUAUUCGUUGACAGAUCAAAAGGAUCUCACACCAUACCUUCCCAAUAUUAUUCCUGGCCUGAAGACUUCACUUCUGGACCCAGUACCAGAAGUUAGAGCAGUAUCAGCACGUGCUCUGGGAGCUAUGGUACGAGGAAUGGGAGAAUCUUCAUUUGAGGAUCUUUUGCCAUGGCUCAUGCAGACACUAACUUCAGAAAGCAGUAGCGUAGAUCGCUCUGGUGCUGCUCAAGGUCUAUCUGAAGUCGUUGGUGGUCUUGGAGUUGAGAAACUCCAUAAACUCAUGCCUGAGAUCAUAAGUACAGCUGAGCGAAAUGACAUAGCUCCACAUGUUAAGGAUGGCUAUAUUAUGAUGUUUAUCUAUAUGCCAGCAGCUUUCCCAAAUGAAUUCACACCGUACAUUGGGCAAAUCAUCAAUCCAAUUCUCAAGGCUCUGGCUGAUGAGAAUGAAUAUGUUCGUGAGACAGCACUUAAAGCUGGACAACGUAUUGUUAAUAUGUAUGCUGAAUCUGCAAUUGCUCUCUUACUGCCAGAAUUGGAGAAGGGUCUGUUUGAUGACAACUGGCGUAUUCGUUUCAGUUCAGUUCAACUCCUUGGAGAUCUACUCUAUCGUAUAUCGGGAGUAUCAGGCAAAAUGACUACAGAAACUGCCAGUGAAGAUGAUAACUUUGGCACAGAACAGUCUCACACGGCGAUUAUACGGUCUUUGGGAGCUGAAAGACGAAAUAGAGUCCUGGCAGGUCUCUAUAUGGGCCGUAGUGAUGUAUCUCUGAUGGUACGACAAGCUGCUCUACACGUCUGGAAGGUUGUAGUUACCAAUACACCACGUACACUUCGUGAAAUCUUACCUACAUUGUUUGGACUUCUUCUUGGUUGUCUCGCCAGUACUAGUUUCGAUAAGCGUCAAGUUGCUGCCAGAACACUGGGUGAUCUUGUACGUAAGCUAGGUGAACGAGUUCUUCCUGAGAUCAUACCGAUUUUGGAACGUGGAUUGAAUUCUGAACAAGCUGAUCAGCGUCAAGGUGUUUGUAUUGGUCUAUCUGAAAUUAUGGCGUCUACUUCAAAAGAUAUGGUACUCACCUUUGUGAAUAGUCUGGUUCCGACAGUGAGACGAGCACUUAGUGAUCCAGUACUUGAAGUAAGAAUGUCUGCAGCUAAAACAUUCGAUUCACUUCAUACAACGGUGGGCAAUCGUGCUCUUGACGAUAUUCUACCAUCUAUGCUUAAUGGGCUUAGUGAUCCAGAUCCAAUGGUAGUUGAGUGUACAUUAGAUGGCCUACGGCAAGUGAUGGCAAUCAAAUCACGAGUUGUAUUGCCAUACUUGGUGCCCCAAUUGACGGCAACACCCGUGAAUACGAAGGCCCUUUCAAUUUUGGCUUCUGUUGCUGGUGAAGCUUUGACUAAGUUUCUGCCAAAAAUACUGCCAGCACUUCUCACAGCUCUCUCUUCGGCCCAAGGACAACCCAAUGAGCCACAAGAGUUGGAGUACUGCCAAGCUGUUAUACUGUCGGUGAGCGAUGAAGUUGGAGUACGAACUAUUAUGGAUACACUUAUGGUAUCUACAAAAUCUAAUCAGACUGAUGUUAGAAGAGCUGCUGCUACGCUCCUCUGUGCAUUCUGUACGCAUUCUCCUGGAGACUACAGUCAAUAUGUUCCACAGUUGUUGCGUGGUUUGCUACAACUUCUGGCUGAUACGGAUAGAGAUGUCCUGCAGAGAUCAUGGGAGGCCCUAAAUGCUGUUACCAAAACACUGGAUUCAGCUCAACAGAUCGCUCAUGUGUCUGAUGUAAGACAAGCUGUUCGUUUUGCUGCUAGUGAUCUCAAAGGAGAAGAAUUACCAGGAUUUUGCCUACCUAAAGGUAUUACUCCACUUUUGCCCGUAUUUCGUGAGGCUAUUCUCAAUGGGUUGCCCGAAGAAAAGGAAAAUGCAGCUCAGGGGCUAGGUGAAGUGAUCUCAUUGACAUCAGCAGCAUCUCUUCAACCAUCAGUGGUGCAUAUCACAGGACCGCUAAUUCGUAUUUUGGGUGAUCGGUUUAAUGCUGGUGUGAAGGCAUCGGUGUUGGAAACACUGGCGAUACUAUUGAGAAAAGUAGGCGUUAUGCUGAAGCAGUUUCUGCCACAAUUGCAGACAACAUUCCUCAAAGCACUACAUGAUCCCAAUCGAGUGGUACGCAUUAAAGCAGGCCAGGCAUUGGCUCAACUGGUUGUAAUUCAUACAAGAGCUGAUCCACUCUUUACUGAAAUGCACACUGGGAUUAAGGGAAAUGAUGAUUCUGCAGUGAGAGAGACAAUGCUCCAAGCACUUAGGGGUAUAACAACUCCGGCUGGAGAUAAAAUGAGUGAACCACUGAGGAAGCAAGUAUACGCAACUCUUGUGUCAAUGCUCAAUUUCCCAGAAGAUGUUACACGUAGCGCUGUGGGUGGUUGUUUGGGUGCUCUGUGCAAAUGGUUAACUACUGAACAGUUGGAUGAUGCUCUGACAGGACACAUUCUCAAUGAGGAUCAUCCUGAGGACUGGAUGUUGAAGCAUGGUCGAACGUCGGCUCUGUUUGUGGUGCUGAAGGAGGCACCGGAAGUGGUGUAUGUGCCAAAAUAUGAAGUGAAAAUAUGCAAGGUUAUUGUUAAUUGUAUUACAUCGGACAAGACUCCGGUAGCGUGCAAUUCUGUAAGAGCAGCUGGAUAUUUGCUGCAGUACUGCAUGAAUACGGGAAAGACCCUUCCGCAGCCACUUCUAGGACCAUUUGUACGAGCUAUGAACCAUACUAGCAAUGAAGUGAAGCAACUUCUAGCUAACACAUGCAAUUACCUGGCUAAAGUUGUGUCUGCUGAAAAUACCCCACCAGAAUUCCUACGUCUACUCAUUCCCAUGCUGGUGAAUGGUACUAAGGAGAAGAAUGGCUAUGUCAAGUCCAACUCUGAAAUUGCACUUAUUGCUAUGCUGCGCCUGAGGACAGGAGAGGAAACCCAUCAGAAAUGUAUGGCACUGCUGGAAGUGGGUGCCAGGGAGUCUCUUAGUGAAGUGGUGACCAAAGUACUGCGCAAAGUGGCCCUUCAGCCAGUUGGUAAAGAAGAAGAUUUGGACGACACCAUUCUAUCUUGAUCACUGUUCCACAGAGUAAGGACUUUCUCCCGUGACCAUAGAGGUACUCAAUGUAUUUUAUCGUCAAUCCGUAAGUCGAUGUGUUUAAUUUCAAUAAAAAUUUAUUACCUUAAAUA